AUGCAACCUUUUUCUUUUCAACGAAAGCAGAAAUUUUUGGUAAAUUCACAAUCUUUGUAAAUUCCACUUUGACAAAUCCACACGCAAUCCCGGAAAGUUCUUAAUUUAUUCACUUUCCUGGAAAUUUCGUUAUUUUCAAUUCAAGCCAUACUUAUUUAACACUUCUUUCUCACCCACUUUUCUCUCCAUCAGCAUUAACCCACUACCAUCAUUUACCUCUGUUUUUUCACCCUGUUAUAGAGCCGUCUUAUCUCGGAUACCCAGUUCGUGUUUUAUUGUUUUCUGAUCGGUUUUCGAAGGGAAUUGGAGUUGAAGAUGGAGAAUAACCAGCAAUCGUUUUGGCAAUUCAGUGAUCAGCUGAGGCUACACACUUCAAACCUAGCAAAUCUGUCACUCAACGACUCAAUAUGGAGCACUUCUUUGGCAUCAAAGAGGCCAGAUGAGAGGAGGAAUUUUGAUAUAAGAGUUGGAGGUGACGUGAAUUCUGUUAUUAAUUACAAGUCGAAAGAGUCUGAUUUGAAUAAUGGUUUCAAUGAUGAGUGGAAGAUAGGAUCUAGCGGUGCUGCUGCUAGGGAUUUGAAUGGAUUUAACGAUGGGUGGAAGGUAGGAUCAAGUGCUAAAAGUUACGGACUUGGUCCUGUUGGUCAAGUUGUCGGUGGUGGAUCUCAAAACAAUAUUGGGAUCAAUGGUGGGUUUAACAAGGGGACUUAUUCAAAGAAUAAUCAUAACAACAACAUAAAUGUUCACUUGAAGGCCAAUAAGAAGAAGGGAGAGGAAGAUCACGGAGGCAAAAUUGGCAAGAAGUAUACUAACAAGAAGAACAACGGUGAGAGCAACAACGACGGUAAAGAUAAACAGAGUGCUGUUGAUAAAAGGUUUAAGACACUUCCACCGUCAGAGUCUCUGGCAAGAAAUGAAACUGUUGGUGGCUAUAUCUUUGUCUGCAACAAUGAUACUAUGCAAGAGAAUCUCAAGAGGCAACUCUUUGGUUUGCCUCCACGUUACCGAGAUUCAGUGAGGGCGAUUACUCCAGGCCUGCCCCUUUUCCUUUACAACUACUCCACCCACCAACUCCAUGGAAUCUUUGAGGCUGCAAGUUUUGGAGGAACAAACAUUGAUCCUACAGCCUGGGAGGACAAGAAAUGCCCUGGAGAAUCACGCUUCCCAGCUCAGGUGAGAGUUAUUACAAGGAAAAUUUGUGAGCCACUGGAAGAGGACUCCUUUAGGCCAAUUCUUCACCACUAUGAUGGCCCUAAGUUCCGGCUUGAACUCAACAUUCCAGAGGCGCUGUCUCUUCUGGACAUAUUUGAGGAAGAAAACCCUUGAACAGUUUACCAUAUACAGGCAUACAGAUACACAUGCAAUACAAAGAAAGGAGAAGAUAACCGUUGCUUAGGAAAUAGAAGAUAAAACAGCUGUUCAGCUUUACCACUCUUGGAUUUGAAAGAGAGAGAGCUAUUAGCCUAAACUUUCACAGCAUAGUGUGAUGUAUAAUUUUUUGUAUGGAGGCUCUUAUUGGUCCCUUUUUUUUUAAAAUUUUUCUUUAUCUGGUUUGGCGUAUACAUAAGUGGAAAAUGCUAAAAUUAACUAAUAUUUAUAGCAGUUUGUGUGCAGAAAGUACAGUUUUCUUUUCC